AUGAAGAUCUGCGUGGCCACCAUUCUGUCAAUCGCCCUCCUUAUGGGUAACUCUGUCAAGCUCCGAGCUUCCGUUACUGGGCCGGUUCCCUCGGAUGGCGAUGGUCCUGCGUCUCAGGUGUGUCAGCAGUGCUGCCAGGGACCUGCUGCAAUACCCGGCAUACCAGGUCUGCCUGGACCGGUGGGACAGACGGGGCCGUACGGUCAGCCGGGGUCAAAGGGCGAUGUAGGUGAUCCAGGUCAGAAGGGUGAGAUUGGCCCUAUUGGACCUAUGGGUGAUCGGGGAGCACCUGGCAACACUGGGCCCAAAGGGGACGACGGGAUUGGCCUGCCUGGCAAGAUAGGUCCGAGAGGUCCAGCAGGUUUGGUCGGAACAAUCGGUGUCAAAGGUCAAAAGGGUGAGCCAGGGGAGACACCAGACGACUCCAAUCAGCGAGUAGCAUUCACCGUGGUCAGGACGAGCAGCUCGGAUACCUCGUCGAGUCACGACACCCGUUUGCCCUUCCAGGAAACCGAGACGCUUCUGCCGGGUACCAGCUUCGAUCUAGAGACCGGUGCAUUCACGUGUAGUGUGCCAGGCACCUAUGUGUUUAUGUUUUCUGCGUUCAAAUAUCGUCCUAGCGGCGACCUUGCCGUGCAUCUUCGGAAAAACACAGAUUGGGUUGUUUCUGGCCGUAGCGAUGAUCCAGGUAAUGAGGAGCAGGUGUCUGGAAGCGCGGUGCUGGUCCUGCAGCGAGGAGACACGGUGUAUCUUACAAUGUCCGGUAAGGUGUUUAGUCAUUCCACCUACCGCUGGACCUCAUUCAGUGGCUUCCUCCUUUACCCCGAGUAAAGAAAUUGUAACUGUGCAUCAGUGUUGUUGCCGAGUCCCUUUUGGGAGGAAUACAAGGCCUAUACACGGAUACAAAGCUAUAAUAAGAAUACAAAUAUAUCUCCCAAAUUGACCCUUUGCAGGGUGCGCCCUCACUGAGGGCAGUAGGGCAGUUUCUUGUUAAUUCAAAUACAUUGACUGUGAAAGUGCAUUAUGCCUAUAUCAUAGAGGAUCAGAAAAAAAGGCCUGCUCUCAAUGUGAUGUGAGAUGCAAGGGGUUUAUACGAUUCGCAGCCUGGAAACAAGUUAGUUGUAGCGCUUAGACUAUAAGUCAAGACUUUAUAAUGCACUUAAAAGAGAAGAGCUAAAUAGGUGCAGAUAGUGUAUACUAGGAUACGAGUUUAGUUUUGUUGUGAGCCCGUACGUUCUUUGCCAGUCCACACAUACUCCCAAUAUCAACAUAAAUUUUCUCCUCUAAAGCAUGUCUUUAGAUACCGGCUCACAGUAACCCAUUUUAUUUGUUUUUCAGACACAGUGAAACGUUGUAAAUAUUUCAAGACAUGCAUGAUAACUAGCUAGCGAAUACUAUGUAGUAAGAAAAAUGUUUUAUUUUGUUUCAGUAGCACGCAAUCGAAAUCUUUACAGCGACAAAGGGUGAAACAAAUACUAAGACACCCCUUUUAUGUUUUAAAUAAAUACAUAAACGUCAGUUUAUAUUAAAAUUCCUACAAAAUUUAGUCCCAAAGUGUCCCGACGUGUCAUGUGCAUGUUUAUUAUUAUUAAUACAUUUGGGGGAUGGGAAUUUUAAUUUAGGUGUAUUGUGGGGAGGGAUGCAUAUUAAGAUCGAUGGUGAUUUAAUUGUAAUCAGUGAGUUGAGGUAUUAUUUUUUUUGGGGGGGGGGAGACGUGAAAGGGGCAUACACCUCAUCUGUGCUGAAGUUAGACAUAUUUUUCACUUGUCUCUCAGCCUCUGUAAAAAAAAAAAAAAAAAAAACGCUGGGGGAAGAGGGGCGGUAUAGACACCGUUUUCCUAUGGGGCACUUAAUAAGCGGGCUCUAUCUAAUGGCUUUAUCGGACAACGGGGCUCGCUCGAUGUUAAAAAAAAGGGCUCUCGUGAGUAAUUUUUUCGAGGAUGGGAAUACACCUCUCCCCAAUACUAUGUCAUUGCAAGGGUUGAGGGUAGGUAGGGCUAAGUAUGGGUGGGACGGAGGUUGGUGAGAGUUCAGGGGUUAGAGUUGCACCCCCGGGCCCAGCUAGGUCUCCCAGCCCCC